GCCCUUCAUUCUUUGAAUUAUGGUGCUUUGUAAAAAUUUUAAAUAUUUUUAUUUAAUGUUAUAUGUAUGUACAGGAAGCACCAAGUCCCAUAGAUCCUUCACACUUUCCAUCAUGGCCUGCCAGGAGUGAAGGAAGUAAACGAGCUAUAAAAGCCAGUCCGAAAGCACCAGAAGGAGGAGAUUUUUAUAAAUCACUUUCUGAAGAUGGUGAAAAGAGUGAAGGCUCAUUUCAUAUGCCUGUGGGUAACUCUCAAAGAAAAACAGCUGUACCAGUUUUUACACUCAGGUUCUAAGUAAUUUCUUCUAACAAAAUGAAACACCUGAGAACUUUGAAAGUCAGGUAAUGUUUUUGAGACUGUUUUAAUGGCCACAUUCGAGAAAAAUCUUGACAUUAUUUUCAUACCAGCUGUUCCUCAGGAAGAUAACUUAUUAUGUACCUAAAAAUGAUGAAUGGAAUAAUCAAAGCAGCCUUACAAAGGAAUGCAUAAGAUUAUAGAGCAGCUAAAGGAAGGGGUGGAUUCAUUGUUCAAGAAGAUCAACUGUGAUAAAUCAUCUGUAAGAGACAUGUUAGGUGGUGUUGCUGGAGUAACUGAAGGAAAUAUGAUGCAGUAUCUAGGCAUAAUCGAGCAAAGAACCAAUGAACUCCUUCAAGCGCAUGCGUAUAAAAACGCCAAAAUUCAAGACCCGGAUCGAGUAGAUUUGAGUGUUGCUGGACUUCUAGGUGGUGGUCCUCAGAUAGCUGCAGGAUCGAUAGCUAUCGUUCCUCCUACGACAUGUGAUGAUUACGAAACUGAAGGCAGUACGGAGGAAAGUGAAGACGAAUGUCGUCCAUUGACAGCGCAGGAAUUAAAAAACAAGAUAAUGAAAAGUAUCAAUCGUCGAGAAGUCCAACCGAGGAAUUCUUCUCCACAUUCUGCACGCUCUGAAGAAAAAACAGCGUCAAAACGUAAGAAGAAAUAAAGCAUUGAUGAUUUUACGUGAUACAGUAUUGGUAUUGCUUUUUUCAACGUCUUAAUCCACGUGAACUUUGUCAGAGUUUGGAAUACAAGAACACAUUUGUGGUUAGCAAACAUAAAACAUGUACGUACAUCGUUGUGUUUGUUUGUGCUGAUCAAUUUUAGGUAAAGUUCUUAGAUAGCAUAUAAACAAAAACUAAUUUGACAACUAUCCGAGUCGUUAUGAUUGAAAAGAACAGAACUUUGUAGCCAUGUUUUAUUACUUAACGUGAAAUAUUCACUUUACAUCAAACUUUCUAA